CGGGCGCGGAGCCGCCCCGGCGCUGGCAGCGCGCUGCUGGCGGAGCGGCGCAUCGGCUCGGCUCGGCUCGGCUCGGCUCGGGGUCCGCGCUCAGCGCCGGGAACCGCGUGUGGCGCCCGGCGGGGAUGCGGCGGGGCCGCUGCUGGGGGGCGGCGGCGCGGCUGCUGCUGCUGGCGCUGGGCAGCCUGCUCGCCGCCAAAGGCAGUGAACAAGCAUAAGCCCUGGAUUGAGACAUCGUACCACGGAAUCAUGACUGAAAACAAUGACACUGUCAUUUUGGAUCCUCCCCUUGUGGCUUUGGAUAAAGAUGCCCCUGUUCCCUUCGCAGGUGAAAUCUGUGCUUUUAAAAUCCACGGACAAGAAAUGCCUUUUGAAGCUGUUGUGCUAAACAAGACGUCUGGAGAAGGCCGUCUCCGAGCAAAAAGCCCUAUUGACUGUGAACUGCAAAAGGAAUACACAUUCAUCAUCCAGGCCUAUGACUGUGGAUCAGGACCAGCUGGAACAAACUGGAAGAAAUCUCACAAGGCAGUCGUCCAUAUCCAGGUAAAGGAUGUCAAUGAGUUUUCACCGACUUUCAAGGAGAGUGUGUAUAGAGCCACCGUGACAGAGGGAAAGGUCUAUGACAGCAUCCUGCAGGUAGAAGCCGUAGAUGAGGACUGUUCUCCACAGUAUAGCCAGAUCUGUAAUUAUGAGAUUGUCACAACUGAUGUUCCUUUCGCUAUUGACAGAAACGGUAACAUCAGGAACACCGAGAAGCUGAGCUAUGAUAAACAGCACCAGUAUGAGAUAAUGGUGACAGCUUAUGACUGUGGGCAAAAACAUGCAACAGAAGAUGUCUUAGUGCAAGUUAAUGUCAAACCAGUGUGCAAACCAGGCUGGCAAGACUGGAACAAACGGAUUGAAUACAAGCCUGGAUCUGGCAGCAUACCUUUGUUUCCCAGCAUUCAUUUAGAAACUUGUGAUGGACCAGUUUCCUCAAUACACACCACCAUUGAGUUGCAGACCAAUUACAUCGGAAAGGGCUGUGAUCGUGAAACGUAUUCAGAAAAAUCUCUGCAGAAAUUAUGUGGGGCUUCCUCGGGUGCCAUUGACCUGUUACCAUCUCCCAGUGCGACAACUAACUGGACAGCUGGGCUUCUCAUGGAUAAUAAUGACAUGAUUUUUAAAUUCGAUGGAAAGCAAGGAGCUAAAAUCCCAGAUGGAAUAGUCCCGAAGAAUUUAACCGAUCAAUUCAUCAUCACUCUGUGGAUGAAACACGGACCUAGUCCAGGACUGAGAGCUGAGAAAGAGACUAUUCUCUGCAACUCUGACAAGACAGAGAUGAACCGACAUCACUAUGCCCUGUAUGUGCACAACUGCCGAUUAGUAUUUCUGUUGCGCAAAGACUUUGAUCAGGCCGACACUUUUCGUCCUGCGGAAUUCCACUGGAAACUGGACCAGAUUUGUGAUAAGGAAUGGCAUUACUAUGUUGUCAACGUUGAGUUUCCCAUUGUUACUUUAUACAUGGAUGGAACAACGUACGAGCCAUACCUUGUGACCAAUGACUGGCCUAUCCACCCUUCACACAUAGCCAUGCAGCUGACAGUGGGUGCUUGUUGGCAAGGAGGUGAAGUUGCCAAGCCCAGAUUUGCUCAGUAUUUCCAUGGGAGCUUGGCCAGUCUUACGAUCCGACCAGGCAAAAUUGAGAGUCAGAAAGUGAUUUCCUGUUUGCAGGCCUGCAAGGAAGGUCUGGAUAUUAAUUCUCUUGAGAGUCUUGGCCAAGGAAUAAAGUAUCACUUCAACCCUUCCCAGUCAGUCCUUGUCAUGGAAGGAGAUGACAUUGAGAAUAUAAAUCAAGCUCUCCGAAAGGUCUCGUACAUCAACUCUAGACAGUUUCCUACUGCAGGCGUACGACGUCUCAAAGUCUCAUCUAAAGUCCAAUGUUUUGGUGAAGAUGUCUGCAUUAGUAUCCCAGAUAUAGAUGCGUAUGUAAUGGUGUUUCAGGCCAAUGAGCCCAAGAUUACAAUAAGUGGGAUGGACCACUUUGCUAGACCAGCUGCACAAUUUGAAAGCCAAAGAGGUGUUAUUUUGUUACCUGACAUCAAGAUUGUCAGCACAGUCACUAAAACGGAGCAUCCCAUGGACUUAAGAGAACACGACAGAGCCAAUAAACCAGUAGUAUUAGAGGAAAUGCUCCACAACUUGGAUUUCUGUGAUAUUUUGGUCAUUGGUGCAGAACUAGAUCCUGAACAAGAGUGUUUAGAACUAGAUCAUGUGGAGCUUCAAGGAAAACACCUCGAUGCCACAAAUUCCACAGCAGGAUAUUCAAUUUAUGGUGUGGACAGCAUGCACAACUAUGAACAGGUCCUUCGGCAGAUUCGGUAUCGCAACUGGGACACUUCUGCCACCUUCGACAGAAAGUUCAGAGUCAAAUGCUCAGAGCUAAAUGGACGUUACACCAGCAAUGAAUUUAACUUGGAGGUUAAUAUUCUACACAGCUCCAACUCCAACUUCAUGGAACAUGUAAAUCAUAUGAUUGUACAACCACAAUUUCUCCAAUCUGUCCAGCACCCAGAGGGAAGCAUAAGUGCUAUUCACAACUCAGUUGUUCCAAGCGUGGCUACUAUCGUUAUCAUAAUCUGUGUGAGCAUUCUCAUUUUCAUCAUAACGUUGGGGGUCUAUCGAAUUCGGACAGCUCAUCAGCACAGCUCUGCAGACAGCGAAGGAAGUAAAGAAAAUGAAAUGGAUUGGGAUGAUUCUGCUCUGACUAUUACCGUCAACCCCAUGGAGAAAUAUGAAAAGCCUCACCAGACAGAAGAGGAGAGUGAGGAGGAAGAUUUAGAAGAUGAAGAGGAAGACACAACCAGUGCCGAAUCAGAUGAAAGUGAAGAGGAGGAGGAGGAGGAGGAAGAGGAAGUGAUAGUCCAAAAGGGAGACAAACAGAAUACAAUCAGGCAAGAGCAGUUGGAGUGGGAUGAUUCAACACUCCCUUACUAACAGCCCUCCAGCCACGUUGCUCUUUUGUAACAACCAAUACAAUGUUUUUUUCAGAGUCUGUGAAUCCAUUGACGGGGUUUGAACUUCUGCUUGCCUGUAACUGUUUUGCCUAAAAUGAUCUUGUUGUAGUAAUUGAUAAUGAUAACUGACUCUUUUCCUAAAAAACCCAGAGAAAACACUUUACAAACAUACUGGCAUCAUUAGUAAUAAAGUAAUUUAGACCUUGUUCUGUUAGCAAGCGUAGUUCUCAAUUUCCUGUUUGUAUACCACAGAUAUGUGACUGAAGUCCUGUCACUCAAUCCAGAGAGGUUUUUGUCUUUGCUAUUUUUUUCAUACAGGAGAGAUUUCAGCUUGUUAUGAAGAAUUGUUCAUGUGGGUCUAAGUAACAGUUGCCAUUUGACUUCACACUCUUACAGGUUUAAAAUAUAACCCACCUUCAAAUUGGGGCAGAGUUUCAGUGCUACAGGUGACAUAGACUGAAUUUCGUUUGUCAUCUCGUCCUGCCUCCUUGGAUGUUAACUGUCUUCUACAAGGGAAUAUCUAGGGUUUGACACACGAUGCUUGUGUGCUUGUGUAGAAGCGGACAGUAUAUUUUUCAGGUAUCCCACCAGAGUACUCAAGACAGGGAUUUUAUCCAACCCAUCCAUAGAAAUUGAAGAGGGUUUAAAAAACCAGCAACAACAAGGGGCUGCUGAAGGUUAAACACAAUAAAUUGUUGUGUGUCCACAGACUGAGUAAUAUGAUCUUAUGCAAACUGUAAAUUCUAACGGGAUUGAUUUUUCUGAAAACCUGUAGAGCUGCUCAUUAGUUAUGGAUUGAGCAAUUUGCAGCAAAUCAAUGCUUUAAACCGUCUGUCUUGUAAAAUCAUUAGGUUGCUGCAGUAUCUUACUGAAGUAGUGGAAAAUAAGUGACCCCGUUAUUCCAUAGCUGUAUAUGGCUGGGAUUUAAACAAUGAUUUUACAUGAGGAAAAUGUUCCCUUUUGCUUUAGUGAAUGCCAGCUGGAAUUCCUGUCUGACUGUAUUCUAUAAAACAUUACACCUAUUUCUUCUGUACCCUUACCCAUUAGAUGAGUGGCAAAAGAGUAGGUGGCAACAUAUACAACAGUCAUCUCUCUCUUGUUGCUUAUCAUUCUCCCUUAUUUCUUCUUCCUAAAGCCAUUAAUCUUGAGAAAAUGUUUUAUAAAGUAGAACAAGAACAAAUAAAGCCUACCUGGAACCAAAAGAAGUGAAAACAAAAACUAAACCCUUAAGAGGCUGAGAGAGUAUUUUAGUUUGUUAUGGUAACACAGCAUAUUUUUCUUAAACACUGUUUAAAAAGGAAAAAAAUGGAAAAAAAAAAAAGGCAAUGCUACAUACAAUGUGUUGGUGAGUCUGUGUGGUGUGUUUUUUGUCCCCUCUCCUUAAUUAUCUUUGCAUCUCCAAAUGCUCUGCAUACCAAAUGAUGCAGCACUUGCUAGGAUAACUGCUCUAAUGCGUAGAAACCGAACCAGCAUGGAACGGAAUGCUGCCUAGUGGUUUAUUUUCCAAGUGCUUCCUUUUAUUUACAGCUUCAUCACUGACACUCGCUUUUGUAAUAUGCUGUUAAAAUGAGCUGCCUCCUCUUUUCCGCUCUCCCAGAGAAACAAGCAGUCAAUCUUAGCUCAACAGGACCUUUCUGACCGCCCACCUCCAUGAAUGGUAGUUGAUAUUGCAGAGGGUAACUUGAGCAAUCUCGAGGGUAUCCACCUCCCUCAGUACUAAAUUAGUAGCAGCUCCUGAACAUCUUGGAUCACAGAGAAUAUAUUGUGCGUUUCGGGGCUCUUUUAAUUCCAAUUUCUGUAUCUAAUAGUUGCCGAGAAGGAUUAACAGCAACUAGACCUUUACUAGAAAGUAAAUUAACAGAACCCUAAGUUAAAUUUAAAAUUAGAGAUAGUCCUGCUCUCUGUUGUUGGGCCACUGACUGUUGGCACAAAGUUGUUAAGACUAGGACUACAGAAGUUAUCUUAUGUAUGUAAGCAAUCCUGUUGGAUUUUUAUUCUGGUCUCUCACAUGUAUAAAACUUAGAAGGAUAUUUGCAGAAUCAAGCUCACAUAAAUACAGUUUAUCUACAGAAUUAAAGACUGUAAAAUUGGCCAACAUUUCUGUUUAAUAAAACGUUGAUUUUAAGAUUUCCGAAUAUCUUGACCAGAAGUUUUCUGUUAGAUCAUUUCCUAGCAUCCUAGAUCAUUUCCUAGUGUUAAUGUUUGUUAGUGACCUGAAGCAGGCUCUUGGUGAUGCUUGUUACCCACACAUAGCAGCAAAGCUUUCUGCUCAGAAAAAAAAUUAAAUAUUUAAAAUUAAAAGCAGAUUAUAUUUAAAAGUCCAUUUCAAAAACUGGACUAAAAUUACCUCUAAAUUUUCUGUUAUUCCUGAUUACUAUUGUUACCACAGCAAACAUUAAGGCAACUCAAAAAUGGCAAAUUACCACCUUUUGACAGCCUUUAGUUCUUUUCUGUGUUCAUGUUUCCAUCAGUGUCUUUCUCCAUCUAACAGAUUUUUAUCUUUUUAUUACUGGAAGUAAAUCUUUUCAGGUCAUGCUGAUACAUUACACAAGAAGCAAACAAAGUAUUUUCUCUACUGUAAAUAAACCUGCAUUUUUAAAUCUAAGCAAAAUAACACAGGCAUGUGCAUUAUCAGUAGAAUUUGGUUUGCAACACGAUAUUCAGCAAACUGAAAUGUGUCACUGUACUUUAGAUUACUCAUGGGAGUGUUUGAUGUAGCAUUUUUCAUUCAAAUAAACAGAAGAAUCCUUUUCACAAAACGUUAGUGAGAAUGAGAUACUUCUUCACAAAAUGAAGUUUAGAGUUAGAAUGUUUGUAUAGAAGUUGACAGCAAUGGUUUCAUGGGCAAAAGCCCACUUACUAACAUAAAUAUUACAUCUUCUGAAGUAAUUCUAACAAUCUCCUCCUCUCCAGGUAUUAUUUUUUGAUGUAAAAUACUUGUUUAAAACCAAACCAGAACAUACAGAUAUAUGAGCACAUACGUACACACACUUUUCUUUUUUCGCCCUAAUCAAAAGCCAAAAAAUUCUGUCCUUUCCUCCCUGAAAAAAAGUGUUUAAUGCUGCAAACUCUGAAAUGGGAACUGCUGUGCCUGGCUCUGUAAGAAGCAACGAUUAUCCAUAGCCUGGUUGCAAGGUUGAGGAGCUGUAUAGGCACAAACGGUGGCUUUUCUACAGUAGCAAUAAACAAGCGCAUCAAAAAAAAUUACCUCUGGAGAGGAACCCGUAAUACAUGACAUCAGAAAUCUGUGACACCAGAGAUCUAAAAUGAUGUUGCGUCAAUGAAUGUCUCUACGUUUUUGCAAUUCUAAGCUAAGGCUGAGAAAAGGUGCAACACCUACAAAUACAGAUUCAGAAAAAGUGGUGAUACUGUGUUAAUUAAUACAUCUGCCUAAGUUGCUUUUGCUGAUCGAUAGCUCAAAUUUCUUUCUCGCUUCUACCCUCUCCACAGAUAUUUUAUCUUUGCAAGUAAACCUUAAAAUGUGCAGUUGUUGAGAUUAAUCUCAGUAUUAUUUACUGCAUUGGCUGAGGCCAGUUCAAUUUAGAAAUGGAUAUGUAGGGUUUGUGACAUCUUUAAUACAGCUAAAAUAAAGCAUCAUCUCCAGCAGCGUCCAUACUUAGCGGAAGGGGAGAACGACUGACUUUACUGAGGUGACAGCGGGUAAAUGUCUGGUGGGAUGGACUCGUGAGGCUGAUAUUUGUAUGUUAUAAUAGCAAAAUUAGGGGUGUUUGAAAAACAAUGUGGAUAGUUAGAGAGGGAGAGCAAAUCUAAACUGUGAGGACAGUUCCACUGCUUAAAAAAAGUCUCCUCUUCCCAUUGACAUGUGCUGAUUGGAUUCAAUAGCUCAUUACCAGGGUGUCCUCACCAUUUUUUUAUGCUUAUUGGCCAUGACAAUAAAACCUCAUCUCAAAACACAAUUUCCAUAUAAACAAUUUCCAGGAAUCUAGCAGUAGGGAAAGGAGCCAAGUGCUAAAAAUAUUAAUGUCUGACAUCAGAACUAACAUCCUUAUUUUUUUUCUGUGAUUUGCUUCACCCCUGGGAGUGUCACUGUUUGCUGGCUGUGUGCUCUAUGCUAUUUCUGCACUACUCUUAAAAAGCACUGAUAGGUUAACAGCAAGAGAAUGGCUCUUUUGGCAGAAAAAGAAAGGCAUCAGAGCUUUUGAAAAGUUUUCUUUUAAAUAUACUUAGCUAUUUCUUGUUUAAAAAAAACCCCAACUUCAUGAAAUAAAAUUUUGGACUAAUAUCGCCAGACUAAGAAAUAAUAGUGAUAUGAGCAGAGGUUUUGAUAAAACAUACACAAACUGAUACAUUAAUUAUGCUGCAUAUGUAUAUAUUUAUAACAGUUUGCAUACACACAAAUUUUAAGUGAUAUUCUAUAUAUGUAUGUGUGUAUUUAUAAAUAUAAAACUAUAUUAUUUAGAUAGGAGAUACAGCUCUUGUUUUAUCCAGCAUUUUCUAUGAAGCUGUGUGGAUUCAGGCAGCACAGCUAGACUUACAGUGAGACUCUGGAAAUGCUGGAAUCAAAGUCUAUAGCACCUAUACCUUUAAAAUGGACCAAUUUAUGGCUUUUUAGGAUCCCAGUCAGAUGCUGUCAUCUUGCUGGCCAGCUGGAAAUCACAAACAAAUGGCCAAUGAGCUCUGGUUCUGCCCAGAUAAAAUUACUGAACAAAACAAGCAGAAAUAUUUGGGGGAACCUGGAUGUGCAUAGCCUCAUCCUGAUGUUUUAUUUAGUGUUUUACUUACUUUUGACCGCAAGCCUUGGGAUUAAUGCACCUCUGGAUGACCUCUGUAGCUGCCAGCCUUUCAUAUCUGCUGUGGGCAGUUUUCAUACACCAGCUGAGCAAAUCUAAGGAGGAGAGAGAAAUAAAAAGCCUGUCAAAGACAGCAAAAGUAAAAGCACCUUUGAAAUGGCUAAAAAUAUUACUGUUAGCUGUACAUAAUGCCGUGCUGUAUAAAUAGGAUCUUCUUCAUGUUUCAACCAGUAUCAUCACCGCUAUAUUAGCAUCAGGUUGCCACCUUCUCAAGCUGAAAUGCCAAACUUUGUUCACGCCACAGCCUCAUCGCCCACCGAGUCUGCAAACAUCAUCGUGUAACAGUGCUACUCCAGACAGACAUCAGGACAGCAGCCCCCAGUGUCCCUCAGGCAUCCAGGUGCUGCCAGAAACACCAACACGCCCAUGUGUGUGUCCAAACCGUGCAGCACUUUGCGAUACGAUACAGAGACUUUCUACACGACAGUCAGAGAUGCACAACAAAAGAAAAUUUGUCCAGUGCUCAGACUGCUUUAGCACUAAGGUGUUCUGUUGUUUGGAGCGGGGUAGGAGUUAGUCUCUCCUGGAGUACAAAUUCACUUUUAUUAGUAUGCAGAAUAAAAACAGGGUUUUAAAGUAAUAAACAAUUCUAGCCCUCAUUAUUGAAGCGGAACAAAAGAAAAUGAAUCCAGGAGGAUUUGUAUGUUCAUAACUUAAUUUCUAGUGAUGAAAAGACAGUUACCAGAUUGCUACUCUUUUUUCCCUAUAGGCAUUUUGCUGCCUUUUGAGCCAGCAGCACAGUGGUUCACUAGUUAGAGGUUGCAUUUCUCUGCUUGUAAAUAGAAAUAAUGACACUGACCUCCUUCGCAAAGUACUGCGAACCCCCCUCGAUGAAAAGCACUGACAAAGAGCUUGGUGGCUACGAUUUAAUAACUCUGUUGCAGUUCUGCUUGCAGCCCUCUGUUGUGGAACGCUUUAUACCGGUGCACAUGAAUGACACAAUGGUUACAGUCAAGAACUUGGGGUUCUUGUUUCAUUAGUUAUUGCCCAUGAAGAAGCACUCACAAUACCUCAAAACAUUGAGAACAGUUAAAACAGAGUUCAGAAAAAGCUCUCGUUCCUAUUUUCAACUCUAACUCGUGUGGAAAUGGUGCAUUCAUCAGCUGUUGAAGCCACAGGGCCGUGUAUUGUCAGUAUUUAUGCCUUUGCUGAGAACAAAGCAGCAGAAGAAAUUUUUGUCCCAGCUAAGUACAUUGUAGAAUAAAGGAGGGCGGCUUUCCCAAGGCACAGCCAAAUGCAAAGAGAAGCUGUCUCCAAAUGGGGGACAGAGGUUUUACAGCCACAUUCUAGCCUCAUACUGUAGAAACCCAGAAAAUUUCAUGGGAGUAAAAGGCCUUUUUGCUGCCCUAUCUAUUCUUUUUUGUAUAAAUCUGAAUCCAGUUUUGAGUUUUCAGAGGCGUCUAACUUCCUGCACUGGAUAUGAAAUUUUUUCAGGUUCCUUUAGGUGUAAGUAAACAUGAAAUAAUUUUUGGCUGACAUUUUCAGGGUAUCCUAAGGAGUAUCCUAAAAAGGCAUCCUAAAAAAACCCUCCAGAUUCUUAGUGUUACAUCUUUUUCUUUCUUUCUCCUCCUGCCACCUCUGAAUGUAUAAACAGAUACAAAAGCUUCAAUCAGUUAAUGCUGACUACAAUGACAUUUCAAACCAGUACUGAAAUAGGCAACAAAUCUAGUCUAGAAUCUGCUCGAUGUGCACAGGUACAGAUGAGAAGGUGGAUGGUUGGUUGAACUGGGCAUGCUCCUUGGAAUGUGGGAUGGAUCAGCCGCAGUCAGCUCUUUUAGAAAAAGGAAUUUUCGUUGAGAGAGGAGAGGAGAGAAGAGGGAGGUAGAAGAGAAGAAUGUAUGAAUAACAGAAAGAGUUGAAGUUUCCAGACGAUGUGAAAAAAAAUCUGGAAUUCAGUCUUCUGGAAACAAGAGAGAUUAAAAACUUGAGUGUCAAACAGUAAGAACAUGGAAACACACUAUUUUCAUUUCCAGAACUGAUGGCUAUCAGAAUCAACCAGAAGGAAAACAAAUAUAAGAUGUGGAAAGGUUCUGAGAGGACCAUGUGUCCAUGUGUGUGCAAAUGAGUGCUUAUACAUAUAUAUUUAUAUGUAUAGCAAAAAAAAAAUCACCUGAUCGUUCCCAGCAUGGAGGUAGCAGUUGUGGUACAGCACUAGAACCUUAAGUUAGUUAGCCAGGUUACUGCUGUCUGUAGCUGCUUCUUUGAUUCCAGUUACAGUGCCUCCAGCAGAGCGCCUGCGGUGAGUAGGAAAUGCUCUGCGGCCAAGGCAGAAACAUUUGAGCCAAAAUAUUUUGUCCGUAAGUGACUCAAAUUUAAUUGUAUGGUUACCAUAGGUUUUAAUUCAAGGUAAGAAACAGAACUUUUGCACACACACAGC